AUGGGCUCCAUGUUCCGCAGCGAAGAGAUUUGCCUGGCCCAGCUCUUCUUGCAAUCGGCUUCGGCAUAUAGUUGUGUCAGUGAAUUAGGCGAGCAAGGACUUGUGGAAUUCCGUGAUGUACGUGCAAGAGCGUUUGGGGAACCUUUUUUGGGGGGUGGGGACACCAAACAAGCAUGUUGUAGCCGUUUUCAUAGACUAAGGGAUUCAAGAUUUCCUUGACUUUUACUGCUUAUUUAUUUAAAUGAUUUAUAUACUUCUUAAGGUGUUUUUUUGUUUUUUGUUUUGUUUUGUUUUGUAGGGGGGAAUCCCUAAGCAGUUUACAGAAAUUAUAAAAUGAGUAAAUAAAAUACAAAUUUUCUUACAAAAAGUACAUUUAAAAUCCAUCCUAAAUUCCAAUUCCAGUGCCCUUGGUCAUUGUGAUGAUUUUAUAGAUUGGUAUUGUUUUUCCACCAUCUAAGUCUCAAAAAGUCUUACGACAGUAAAAAGACAUUGUAUACAAAAUUUUAAAAACAAGUUGAACAUCAGAAAUUUAAGACAGAAAUGUAAUGACAGGUCUUUGCUUUUAAGCCUCCUGUCUGAGUGCUUUUUCUUUUCUCCAUCACUUUUUCCAUUAAAAAACCCUGCUUUUCACUGCUGAACCAGAACAAAUGGCAAAUCUGUUGAAAAUCCAAAUUGCCGUUCAUUCCAAUUCAGUAUUAAAGAGCGAUGUUUUCUUGGGGCAAAGGGGGUGGGGAGGGCUCACACACGGACCAGGAAUGCCUAGAAAGUGCAGGGCAAAAGGUGAGUGUGGAUGAGCCCUAAUAAAAUGGUCAGGGAAACCUGGAGAAGAUGGUAGAAUUGGGGUGAGAUAGAGACAUGGAUGUUUUAUACCUGAGGAAAGGGUCUUGAUGCCAUGCAAGCCUUAAGAAUGGGUCAGCAAGCAAUGGAAAAUUGGGCUGCCUGGUUUCCAGUGCUAUUUGUGCAAUCUUUGGCGGGCUCUUCACUAGUAAUGUGCUUUUUUUCUUUCCAGCUGAACCCCCAUGUCAGCGCCUUCCAGCGACGUUUUGUGGGGGAGAUCCGGCGGUGUGAAGAUAUGGAGAAAUCCUUCAGUGAGUGGCACUCCUGUAGUGGGAGGGGGAGGGCUGUCCUCUGCUGGGUGGCUUGGAUGAUGACCUUGCUAUCAGGUCGGUGACAAAAAUCUUCUGAAGACGCGCCCAGGCCAGACAUGUUGCCACAAAACUGACUUGCACACUGCCAAGAGCAGUCAGAAGACGGGGCCAAGUUUCUGGACGUUGAAAUUGCAUUAGGAAAUCAUGAGACUUUUGCAAACAAUGCAACAUUUUAGAUAUAAUUUCUGGUUUCUGGCUGAGGAUAGUUGCACUUCCCCUCUCGGCCUGUUUUUACUGUCCUUGUUGAAACUGAAGCAUCUGUAAAAAUGGAGAAGGGGUUAGUCAGUUGGUGCAUUAGCCAUCUGUGAUAGCUGGCUGCUAUAAUUUGCACUUCCUGCCCUCCACCUGCCUGUUGUGACUUCCUGUUUCUUCUUCCUCUAUCAUCAGUCUGUAGCAUUUGAGGGUGGUUUGCAUAUUCCAUAUUUUUCUUUUCUAAUGUCCUCCGCUGAUUAAGAUCUCAUUUAACGUGUUUGACCUUUUUUGGCACUCAGAACGUUUUGGGAAAGCACUAAGAGCAUUUUGAAAAGCACAUCAUGUUACUAUUACAUGAAACAAACGUAUCUCAAAAAGUUUUUCCAGCAGUCAAAAGUCGUUAAUGUGAAAUAUUUGAUUCGGGGGAAAUCCAGUAAAGCACAUUUGCUUCGACUACUAAUAUUAAGCAUGUGUAUGGUGCUUUCAGAGGGACGCGGGUGGCGCUGUGGGUUAAACCACAGAGCCUAGGAUUUGCUGAUCAGAAGGUUGGCGGUUCGAAUCCCCGCGACGGGGUGAGCUCCCAUUGCUCGGUCCCUGCUCCUGCCAACCUAGCAGUUCGAAAGCACGUCAAAGUGCAAGUAGAUAAAUAGGUACCGCUCUGGCGGGAAGGUAAACGGCGUUUCCGUGCGUUGCUCUGGUUCGCCAGAAGCGGCUUAGUUGUGCUGGCCACAUGACCCGGAAGCUGUACACCGGCUCCCUCAGCCAAUACAGCAAGAUGAGCGCCGCAGCCCCAGAGUCGGUCAUGACUGGACCUUAUGGUCAGGGGUCCCUUUACCUUUACCUUAUGGUGCUUUCAAGAGUUUAAAAGUCCUCAUGUGUAUUGUUUGGUUCAGGGCUGGGUUACCUUCCCAUGUCAGCCAUAUUUCCUGGGAGAUAAUGGGGGCUGCAUCUCUCUCUCUCUCUCUCUCUCUCUCUCUCUCUCUCUCUCUCAUACACACACACACACACACACACACACACACAAUUGCUGGGGGGGUGGGCUUGUUUUUACCAAAGGGUAAAAUUUCCCCAGUGCAAAUGGGAGCCACUUGGGCCCAAUCCACAUUGGAAGUCUGGCACUGGGGGGGGGGGGGGCUUUAAUCCUUUGCUGCCCACUGUAGUCUCAAUCCAGAUUGGGGGCUGCACAAGUGCAGUCUGCAUUGCCAAAAAAGGAUCAAUUUGUCUGAACGGCUCUUUUUUGGUGAUGCAAAUUGCCAGUGUGCCCCUCUCCAUUUUGGUUCAGCGCUGAAGCAAGGGGUAAAGAAUUAAAGCCUCCUUGUUCCCAUACAGCAGCAUCCUGUUUCUUAUUGGGCUGUACUGACUGGGGAAGAAGAGUAGCUAGCACAGACGUUGAGGAAGGGGCAGGGUGGGGACUAAUAGUAAAGGCCCCCUGGGCUUGGAUGAUGGUGAUGAAUGAUUAAAUUUCUAUCCUGCCCUUCUUCCCAGCAGAGUUCUGAGCAGCAAACAUCAAAAUGUUUAAACAAUGCAAUUUAUACAAACAAUACAAUGUUUGUAAUUUUAGGAAGCAAUCCACUUUUGUAAAAUAAGCCUUUUCCCCAGUAGAACAAAGCAGAGGAAACCUUUUUUUCUUACUUUAGGGAAAAUAUGUCUGCUUACAUCUGUGGCUACAGUGUACUCUGCAAAUUCACAGUGCUGUUUAUGAUUUAGAUGCUCUGGUCACCACCUACUGUGCCUCCUGGAUUCAGUUGCAGCAAACGAAAAUUAUAGUGGUUAUUUCUGACAUCCUGUGCUCAGCUUAGAAGAGCCAAAGGCCCACUUCUUUUUUCUAAAUGGAAGCUCUCGCAAUUUCAUAACAAUGUAAUUCUCGUAAUUGCAGAAGCUAGCGUAUUUAGGAAGUUCCUGACUUUCACAAGCCUGUCUAAAGCCUGAGAAUUACUUAAGUAUUUGGCUGAAUCAAGCCAAAGGCCCAUCUACUCCAGCAUCUUGCUCUCACAGGGGCCAAUGAGAUGUAAAUGGGAAGCACACAAGCAGGAGGACAUAAGCGAAACAGCACUCUCCUCGCUUGUGCUCCCUGGCAAAUGCUGUUCAGAGCAUUGUGCCUCUGGCACUGAACAGAGCCGUCGUGACUAGUAGACAUUCUUGAACCCACAAUCCUGAGAUUAAGAGUCUCAUGCUUUACCAGCGGAGCUAUCUCGCUAUCCUCCGAAAAAUCUUUCAAAGCUAUCUUUUAGAGCUAUCCAAGUUGGUGGCCGUUGCUACACCUUGGGAGUAGCAAAUUCCAAAGUUUAAAUAUAUGCUUUGUGUCUUCGUGUGAUGCAUCUUUGGCAGGCUGGUACAAUGUCCAGCCAAAUUCGGCUAUACCAGGGUCGGCAACCUUUUGGGGCCAGUGGGCCCAUUUUGAGAAAGUGCCGCGAUCCCCCAUCCCAAAAUGGGUGCCGUAAGGACACGGCGUAACACAAAAUGGCUGCUGCAUCUGAAAGAGCAGGAAAAGGCGACAGCAUCACAGAAUGGUGUCAGUGUGCUGCUUCUCAUCAGCCCCCCAUCAAUGGAGGGAAGGCACCUGCACCAGCCCCUUUCAGUCGCAGAGAAACAGUCCUUGCACUUCUCCUGUGUUCGGAACAGAUGGGAGGGUGAGUGUCCAAUCCUGGCAUCUAAUAAAAUUUGGGAGAGGUUGAGUAUGGGUAGAACCAACUGUGUCCCAUGUUCUGGAUCUUUUUAUUUAUUUUUAAAUCUUUUUUGUUGAGUUUUACAUUACAAAUUUAAAUUCAGACAUUAAACAUCACCAUCAUUUAGGAUUCCCUGAAUCCUUUGACUCCCCUCCACCCUUCCAUGGUUACCAUUUUCAAUCUUUUCCACUGCUUCACAUAUUUUCUCUAUUUUUCUAAAAUAGUACAGUUUUACCUUAGCUUUUCAUACAUUACAAGCGUUACUUGGAUCCUGCCAAAGUUUUUUGUUGUUUGCAGUGUUCUCUUAGGUAUAUUGUAAAUUUUCCCCAUUCCUUCUUAAAGUUCCUCUCUUCCUGGUUUCUGAUUUUCGUGGUCAAUUUCGCCAUUUUGGCGUAGUCCACCAUCUUCAUCAGCCAUUUGUCUCUGGUCGGGACUUUAUCUUCUUCUCAUCUCCCAUGUUCUGGAUCCUUGAGGGAGUAUUUACUCAUUGCAAACUCUUGCAGCUGAAUGUUUUCUGGACCUUGGGAGCAGAGGACAGUCCCAGGUUCUGCUCUUCCUCCUCAUCUCUCUAAUCUCCCUCUCCAGCUUUCUUAGCACAGCAAGUGUGGAAGGCAGGCCUGACACUGACACCCCCUGAGGAGAACCUGCCGGCUCCUCUGGCUCGGGAUGCCCUGCAGAUCCAGGAGCAGUCUGAGCGGCUGGCGCAGGAGCUGAGGGAGGUGAGCCACAACCGCGAGAAGCUGGUUGGUCGGCUGCAGGAGCUGCGGGAGCACAUUCAGGUGCUGCAGGAGGGACAGCGUUUCACUGGCCAACUGGUAAGUGAGUUCCGCCCCUUCCGCUUCCUGCUCCAUCAAGACUCUUUGCUGCGCUUGGAGGAGAAAGGGAUGCAACUGCAGUCGAUUGGCUGAAAGUUAGAUUAGGCUUGCUGAAAUUGUACAUUGCUUCCCAUAGUGGGGGGAAAAACUUAAAGCAAUUUGCAGCAAGAAUGAAAUGCAAUAACGGGAAAGAGAUCCUUGAGGCAAUAUGGAAUAAAAAUAUGCUAAAAAGAAAAUAAUUCGUUUCCCCCCCAGAAAGGGUGUCAUGUUUCACAGUGACAGCUACUACUACUACUAAUAAUAAUAAUAGGCAUAGAGUCUCAAGCCUGCUGGUGGUUUUCUUCUUUGCUGUUCUCCUAAUGCUUUAAAACUAUUUGAAUAUUAUUUGACAAUAUCUGAGUGGCCUGUUGCUCAAAAAAACACAAACUGACCUGGCAGUGCCUGGCACUCUCUACUCCCUCCCUCCCUGGGCUCUGUCACUUGAGGCAGUUUCUGGUAGAGCAAAUGAGCUUGACUGAAGAGAAAAACUACUUUACAUGAUGGAGCACAGCCCGGUUAGGAGGGGAGAGCCUCACCUUGCCUGCAUGUUUUAAUUUUUUUGUUAAAAAAUCACCUUGACUCCUCCACCUGUGCUUUUUUUUUUUUUUACUUGAAUGAGCAAAUACAUGAAGAACAACUCUGGCUGUCCCUGUUGCAUUUAACUUGACCCUGGAUUUUAUUACUGCAGCCUAUCAAAUUUAAGAAUAUUACGAUGUUGAACACUGAAGGUGGUCCUGGGACAUCUGAGAGGGAGCUCACGAGUCCUGGGAUGGUAGCAGGCCCUUCUCUCACAGGCUGUUUUCCCAUCAGCAGGUGCCGUUAGCAUCACCAGCUCGCCCACGAACCUUCUCUGACAGAGAACCUCUGCUUGACCCAUCCAUGGCACAGCGGCUUGACCUCAAAGUAAAGUGAGUUGUGAGGGGGCGGACAGGUCAUUCAGGUUGACAGGGUAACCCUUCUGUAUGAGAGAUGAAGCUGGCCAAGUAAACCAAAGCCAUUGUUCCUGAAGUGAGAGCUGAUGUAGCCUAAUGGUUAAGAACAUGAAGCAGGACAUCCUCAGUUCAAUUUAAAAAAAAUUAAAAUGUCAGCGUCACAAACUGUAUGUGGCCUUGCAUAAGCCACUAUUUAACUACUAAUAAUGACCCCAAUAUUAUUAAUAAUUGAAUAAUGUUCAGUAAUAACCACAGUAUUAUAAUUGUGUAAUAGUCAAUAAUGAUAAUCACAGUGGGCAGUUCUGCUAGGGAAAGCUCUUCAGGAAUUUCCCAUACCUGUCCUCUCCCUCAGUGCCCCCUAAAGCUGCUCCUGAAGGUUGAGGGGAAACCCCACAACAGCUUUAAGAGGCACACAGGGCAUGUGCAAGGAGAGGAGAAGGGGGAGGUGUUCCAUUGCACAGUCUAAAGUGCCUUGCGCUAGCAAAACUGUUCAGUUGGACCAUCCAGUAUUAAAAGUAACCAAAAUCCAGAAUGAAAUUUUUGUCAGCAGGGAGUAAAACAGCAUGGAAAGUAUGACAAGACUUUCAGGAGGGCAUUCUGUAACUGGAGUGCCACCACUGAGAAGGCCCUUUCCUCAGGUGAUGGGGGCAUCUGAAGAAGGUCAUCUGAAAUUGACCUUGGUUACCUAAGGUGAAUGCUCAUCUAGCUUCUAGGGUUGUUACAGGGAUUACUAUGAUAAUGUUUAUGAGGCACUUGGUAGACUACAAAUGCAGUAUCUAGAUGCUAAGGGCUUGUUAUGUUGCCGCAGGGCACUGUGUGCUCAGCCUCGUGUGCAGUUUCAGUGUGCAUUUUGUAUGCUCUCCCCUUUGCUCUCAAGCUUUAUCGCAGGCGUGAUCCACCCAUGGCGGGUGAAUGUGUUUGAACGGCUGCUGUGGCGCGCAUGCCGUGGCUACCUUGUGGCCAACUUCACUGAGAUGCCGGAGCCCAUGGAAAACCCAGCCACGGUGAGACGAAAUGAAGAAAACGGGUGGGUGGGGUGUAAGAUGGCUGCCUGUGAGGGGUGGCAGGCAAUGUAGAGGGGGGGUGAGAUUCAAGGCCUGAGUUUGGGUGGAGCAGGGGGUGGCACAGCUUGGGAGGCUGCAAGUACACUCUGUCAUGUGGCUUAGGCCGAAGGCCCAAAUGGUCCUUCUCCUGCUCCUCUCAAGUCCAGAGGUUUCUGAGCAACCUGUCCCUUCGUGUGUAGGGUGAGAGCGUCACCUGGGUCAUCUUUCUCAUCUCCUUCUGGGGGGAACAGAUCGGGCAGAAAAUCCGCAAGAUUGCUGACUGGUGAGUGCUGUGGGUGGUGCGUGUUCCCUCUGAUGUCUAUUGAUGCUGAAUAACACCCCUCAUCCGCCUGCCUUGGUCUCCUUCUGCUCGCUGUUUAUAAUUUUCCUGCCCUGGUGCCAUAACAUCCCAAAGGUCCAGCAAAUCACAGGCCCUGCAAUGUUUCACCCUGUUUGACACAUGACAUGCCUUUUUACCUCCUCAAGAGGCCUGCACCCACCCACCCUCCAAAUCAAUUCCUGUGAUAUGUGCCUUGCAUUUAAAUUUAUUUAUUUGGUUUUUCAGAUUGAGAUUUUACAGUCACAUAUCUAACAUACAACAUAAGAACAAGAUUCCAAUGAAUCUCUUGGACUUCCCUCCUCCCCUUUGUGGGUUCUAUUUUUAAUCAUUUCCUCCUGCAUCUUUUAUCCAAAUCUUUUAUCUCUCCAUUGUGUCCAAAAUUCACCAUUAAACUACAAGUUAUAUUCCAAUCCUACUAACAAUAUUAACUGUUUACAAUGGUCUUUAAGAUAAGUUAUAAAUUUUCCCCUGUGCCUUGUUCCAGUGGUGUCUGACAGACCAUGAGGCUGAGGAAAAAGUCAGACACCAACUAUAUUCCUUAUUCCCUAAGACAGCUCUGCCUAUCUUCACACACUGGCCAAGCUACCCACCAUCUUAUCUUAUCUUAUCUUACCUUACCUUACCUUACAUUAUCUUAUCAUCUUUUCUUUUCUUUUCUUUUGAAACCAUUUUUAUUUGAUUUUACAAUGCAAAAUUAUAAAAAAGAAAUUCAAAUCUAUAUCCAUAUGCCCACCAUCUUUCAACAAAUUGCUCCCUCUGCUCCUCUGUGUUGCCUCCCGCCACCUCCACCCACCAGUAUGUGUGCAUGUGCCUGUGUGUAUUCACUCUGUGUUGUGUCCCUCCAAAGCUUUCACUGCCACCUGUAUCCUUACGCUGACAAGGAGGCGGAGCGCUUGGAGACACUGUAUAAACUGCGCACUCAGAUUGAAGAUCUGACCACGGUAAGGUGAUAAGGGCUGCUUAGGGUAGUACACAGGGCGGGCUUGAAAUCUGGGAAAUACUGUCAGAGAGCUUUGGAGAGGAUCCAUGGUUUCUAGUUCUGGGGUAGGAAAGGAAAUUGCAUGGGUGCAGUGGCGAGAGUAUACCACUGCAGAUGAUUAAUUUCUUUUCCAGAUUUUAAAUAGGGGAGGGGGGUGGUUGAUGUUUGUUAAUUGGUUUGCAACCUUUGUUGUCAUUGUAUUUGCUAGAUUCUUUAUACAAAAAGAAGUGUUUCACUGUGACUUAGCAGCAAAAUACAAAGAGGUGAAAUGAUUAAAAAAACCCAGAAUGGCAUACAAUUAAAAAUCCUUAAAAUGCUCAUCCAGCCAUGCAAUAAAUAAGGACAAGUCCUACCCCAAACCACUAAAAGAUGAGCAUCACAGGGUUUAAUUAAGGCCUCGUCAUUUAAAACAGGAUCACACCACUUUGAACAGACAUGGCUUCCCCUAAAGAAUAUUGGGAACCGGAGGUUAAGGGCACUUAAACCGUUCAGGGUUGUAAUUCUAUGAGUUUAACAGUCAAGCCCUCUUCCCAGGGAAUUCUGGGAACGGCCGCUCUGUGAGGGGAGUAGGGUUCUCCUAACAGCUCUAAGCACCCUAAACAAACUACAGUUCCCAGGAUUCUUUGGCAGAAGCCAUGACUGUUUAAAUUUGUAUGGCAUUGUUGUAAAUGUAUAGUGCAGAUGGGGCCUUGAACGUACUUUCCUCCUACCCCAGAUCCUAAUUUCUCUGGGCGGGAAAGGCCAGUAUAUUGGUGCAAGUGCUCCUCCCCACAAUGGUUUUCUCCACUGCAUUCAUGCAGAGUGUCACAUUUCAAAGCUGCAACCACACUCUGUACUUCCUGUGGCCCCGUGUGCAGCCACAUUUCCAGACUAGCAGCUCUAAGCAGCACAUUCCAUUGCUCAACUGAUUCCUUAAAAAAUGAAGUACUUUCCCUCCUAAAUUCCCCCUUUUGCUCCAAGUCUUCCACCGUCUCCCUCAGUUCUGCUUCACACUCCUUAUGAGAAAACAGGUCUUGGGCCAGACGGAGCAAUACCUGGACCAGCUGCUGCAGAAGGUGCUCUUGGAACUGCCGGCUUGGCAAGUGCGGAUACAGAAGAUGAAGGCCAUCUACUUCAUCCUCAACCAGUGCAGCUUCAACAUCACCGACAAGUGCCUCAUUGGGGAAGUCUGGUGCCCCGUCCGCGACCUUCCUGCUGUGCAGCAGGCUCUGCGUGAGGGAUCGGUAUGUGCUGCAGAAUAUCGGCUCCCUUCUGCUUCUCCUUCGGUGUACCUUCCAUUUCAUGUCCCCCUCCCCCUUCUUUUUGUACACCUACCUGUUUACACAAGUAAAGAGCAAAAUAUUUUGAGUCAGGGGUUGAUACAUGUGCUUUGUCCUCCCCACUCCCCGUGGGUUGAGCCAAAGGAAGGUAAAUAGGGCUCCCAGCAGGGCAAGGGCCAAGAGAUUUUGCUGCCUGAUGCAAAGGACAAGAUGGUACUCUCUCCCCAUUCCAUACACAAAAGUCCACCUUGCUGGCAGGUUGACUCGUCCUUCAACACUGGUUAUAGGACAGUAUCCUCCACUGUGCCUGAAGGCAGCAGGGUAGCUUAGGGAGUACAGGACCAGAGUAGCUUCUGGGGCUCUGUGGGAACAGUAGGGUGGAGCUGCCAUUGCUCUCUUGCUCCCUAGGAUUUUUUCCCUGAGGCUGCUACCUUGGCUCGCCUAGUGGUAGGGCCAGCUCUGGGCAAUAAAGUUGUACCUUGGAAGCCGAACGCCUUGGCACUCGUACGUUUUGGCUCCCGAACGCCGCAAACCCGGAAGUGAAUGUUCCGGUUUGCAAAUGUUCUUUGGAACCCGAACAUCUGGCGCGGCUUCCGAUUGGCUGCAGGAGCUUCCUGCAGCCAAUCGGAAGCCACAUCUUGGUUUCCGAACGUUUUGGAAGUCAAAAGGACUUCCAGAACGGAUUCAGUUCUACUUCCGAGGUACAACUGUACAUUGGUAAUAUAUUGAGACAAAUUUAGGAUAUGGCAAUGUUCUUCUCCCUCCCUCCCUCUCUAUCUCCCUUUCCCCACCCCCCACUAGCUAGGACCACACCCAGCUGUAUGAAUGCCUCUCUCCUCUUUCAGAGUUCCUGGGCAAACCAAUGUACUUGAUGCUCCUGAACUGCCCAGUUUGACCCUCUCUUCCCCUUACAGCACCGCAGCGGUUCUGGGGUGGAGUGCUUUGUUCAUCAGAUUCCUUCCACUGAGAGCCCCCCGACCCUCAUUCGCACCAACAAGUUCACUGCCGGCUUCCAGAGCAUUGUUGACGCCUACGGGGUAUCCAGCUAUCAGGAGGUGAACCCAGGUGAGCAGAUUUGCCACAUCCUGCUCUUGACCUUGCAAGGGGCAUGCACAGUUGCUCAGUGGAACAUCCUCUUUUCGGUGAAAGAGGGAGGGCACCAGGGCAUUGCGCACUGACCUUUGAGAGAUUGCUCCCAAUAAAGGAAGGCUGUGUGUUUUCUGGGCUUUCUGGCUAUGGGACAGAGAGAAGAAGGAGGAAAACUAGAAUGGGUCUUGUGGGUGGAAUUGUCUUCACACUUGGCCAGGAGUGGAGAGUUUGUCUCUCCCACCCCCCCGAUGCCACUGAACUACAGUUCCUAUCAACCCUGACCAGUGGCCAUGCUGGCUGGCACUGAUGGGAGUUGGAGUCCAAUGUCUUGAGUUGCACAGGUUCCUCGCCCUUGCUGUAAGUCAAGCAGAGCAGGGCGAGAGUGGAUUAUAUAUUUUUUAUAUCCUACUUGAUUAGUAUCAUUAGAUUAGAUGCUAUGCAGUUCAAAGAAAGGAGAGGUUUUUGAUUUGGGGCCAGGUUCGGUGAAAUGGCAGUUGACUCCGUGGUUUUCUUGUGGGGGUUGCAAAGGGGGGUGUUUGCCUGGACUUCCUAUCUGACGCUAGACCUGCUUUGCAGCUCCCUAUACCAUCAUCACCUUCCCUUUCCUGUUCGCUGUCAUGUUUGGGGAUGUUGGCCAUGGGCUGCUGAUGUUCCUCUUUGCCCUUUGGAUGGUGCUGGCUGAGAACCGCCCCAGCAUGAAGAAGGUGCAGAAUGAGGUGAGCCCCAGAUUGCGGAAGAGGCAGCGGGUGGGAGGGGAUAUGCUUUGGGUGGAUGGAAAAGGAUCAUAUGCUUUCCGCAAUACACCUCGGGAUAUGUUUUUAUUUUAUUUAGUACCUUUAUCUCCCACUUCUUCUCCAAGGAGCUGAGAGCAGCAUGUAUGGUUCUCCCCAGUCCUGUUUCUCUAGAAAAAGAGGUGCCAGAACUCACCAUGAACACCUCCCUUGUUCUCUUAUAGUGGCAAUGGCGCCUACCUGAGAGGUGCUGGAACUGAGUUCUGGCUGAGAAAAAAGCCCUGGUUCUCCUUCGCCCCAUUUUACCCUUGCAAGCAACCCUGUGAGGUAGGCUUAGAGAUAGCGACAGGCCCAAGGUCACGCAAUGAGAUUCAUGACCAGGUGGGGAUUUGAACCUGGGUCUAAUCCAGGUUCUGAUCAGUCACACUAACCACACCAGAGAUUUACCAUCUCACCAAACAUACCCUUGUCUUCCUGUCCCCAGAUCUGGCAGAUGUUCUUUGAGGGCCGCUACCUCAUCCUCCUGAUGGGCGCCUUCUCUAUCUACACUGGCUUCAUCUACAACGAGUGCUUCAGCAAGGCCACCAACAUCUUCCCCUCUGCCUGGAGCAUCGCUACCAUGGCCAACCAAUCGAAUUGGAGGUACUGACUAGCCCAUGACCCAAAGCAAUGCUGGCGGCCUCUUCUUUCAUGACGGCUGCAUCAUUCUCAUGUGCUGAAGCAAUUCCUUCUCCUUACAGCGAGGACUUUUUAGCUGGAAACCCUGUUCUUGCUCUGAACCCCAAUGUCACGGGAGUUUUCAAAGGUCCCUACCCUUUUGGGAUAGAUCCGGUAAGUAUUGCAAGAGCACACCGGUGCUAAGCUGUUUCUCAGCUUUACCCAGGCUGGUGCCCUUCAUGAUUUGCAGUGCCCAUGAGGGCACCAGAUUAUGUGGGGCUGCUUUAACUGAUUUAGCAGUGCGGGACCCCUGGUAAUUGCUGUUUGAUGUGUGAAGGUCAGAUAAGGGUUUCUGUGGGGUGUUAGGGGAGGGGCAGUGUCAUCAAGUAGUUCAUCCACCAUUGGUCCCCACCCUGCACUCAGCUCUCACCUGUGGCUCCUAGAAGCUGUUGACAUGUGACAGUGGCCACACCCCGGGUAACGGCUGAACCACAUGAGGGUAGCCAGUGAGUCUCAAACCCUCAGUGGGCUGGGGACUUGUUUGUCCCCUGCAUGCGAAUCCAGAAAAUUGAGCAGAUGAGACCAAUAGCAUAAGGAAGACUGUUUCUGCACGUGCUGUAGAGGGUAAUGGGGGCAGAUCGGGCUUAUCAACCUGGGAAGGUAGCCCAUCUAGGAGAAGGAAAGCUGAUCCUUAACCACCAUUGCCUUGGGAUAUCUUCAGGAGAAGAAAAGGCUAAGGAGCAAACCCUACACAAAUCCAAAAUGGAGUCUCGAAGGCGGUAGGAUGGUGUCUUGUACGUCUCCUUGUGGCAACUCCUGCAGCCAACUGGUGCCAAACAUAUCACUCUGCUUUUCUUCAGAGCACAUCAGUGAGACUGAGAGGGGGUCUUGUUGUCUGGGCAACAACAUGGGAGGCAGCAGUUACGAGGAGGUGUUCUCUCCUCAUCCCCUCUUCUAAAAGAGGUUCACACUGUGUACUGAGUGCAGCCUUCUGCAACCUGGUGUAGUUUUGGACUACAAUUCCCAUCUGCCCUUAGUCAGCAUGUCCGGUGGUCAGGGCUGAUGGGACUUGUAGUCCAAAAUAUCUGGCGGGUACCAGGUUGGGGGAGGCUGGCUUAUCAUGUAUGCGUGUUCUUGAUUCUUCCCUUCCAUGCCUGUGACUCAGAUCUGGAGCCUGGCCAUCAACCAUCUCACCUUCUUGAACUCCUUCAAGAUGAAGAUGUCUGUGAUCCUGGGCAUUGUGCACAUGAGCUUUGGGGUCUGCCUUGGCAUCUUCAACUACAUGUAAGUACUGGGCUGGUCCUCCACCUGCAGCUGCUCCUGCGAGGGAUGCGAAGGACCACUCUGGCGCCAUUUUACCCAAAGGAAUCCUGUCUUGCUUUCAGCCAACAGCUAGGAAUUCAAAAAGGAGAUUAGACAAAUUCAUGGAAAAUAAAACUACCAGUGGCUACUAGCCAUGAUGACUGUAUGCUACGUCCAUUGUUGGAGGUGGGAAGCCUCUGUAAAUUUAGUUCCUUGAGUGUCCCUAAGUGUGCAAAGGGCUGUUGCACUUGGCUCCUGCGUGUGGUCUUCCCAUAGGCAUCUGGAUAGUAACUCUGCAAGCAGGAUGAUGCACUGCAUGGACCUCUGGCCUGGCCCAGCAGGGAUCUUCUUAUGAUCCUGACACAUUUAUUCUCACGCUCCCUCUGUUGUUUGCUCAUUUCCUUUUUACAGCCACUUCAAGAACUACUACAAGAUUCUCCUGGUUUUCGUUCCGGAGAUCAUCUUCCUACUGGGGCUCUUCGGCUACCUUGUAAUCCUGAUCUUUUACAAAUGGCUGGCGUAUGACGUCUCUGAUUCCCAGUCUGCGCCCAGCAUCCUCAUCCACUUCAUUAACAUGUUCAUGUUCUCAAACGAUGCCGAUAACGUUCCACUCUUUAACCACCAGGUAACAUCUUGUGGCGCUGUGCUUUAUCUGUUGGGUGUCUGACGGGUGUUGACGUCCAGCUCCUCGAGUGUUGCUUCCCCUGCUCCUCUCCCAAUCCUGCUUUGGGGAGGGAAAUGUUCAGGACUUGUAAGGUUGGCUGAGAUGGAGCAGAUCCAGUAAUCAAGGGGCGGGGAAUCUUUUGCAGGCUGGGAGACACAUCUCCUUCUGGACAUGCCAGUGGUGGGAGGGGUUAGAGGAAAAUUGGGCUCAGUAGCCUCCCAUUUGAUGAAAUGCUGCUGAAUCUGAGAACUGUCUUAGUUGAAAUACACUGUGCUCUAAUGUGAAGGUUUCAUUGACGUGGGGGGCUUGAUCUCUGAUGGGUGCUUCACAAGGGCAAGUCAUCACUUGAUGUAGCCACUGAGUGAUGAACAUGCAUGUGUGAAUCAGCCCUCUGCAAGGAGGCACAGACCCACAAGGUCACCAGCCAGUUGGGCCUGGGGGUUAUUCCUUUCUGGCCUUGAACACAGUGAUCAGUUGCAAACCUGAACACAAAAACAAAACCCAACUGCUGAGGGUUCCCUGAAAAUGUCAUUUACCUGUCUCCUGAGAAUUUCCUCUGUGUUCAAAAUCCCAAGUCCAUUUUAUGUCUGAAGGCUUUCUGUGGUAUUUUUUUAUUGCAUUUGCUGUACUUUGAUGUUGUUGUUUGCCUACACAAGCAAUUUAAAGUUGCAUGGAGUAGUCCAAAUAUUACAAGGGACUGCAUUCUUGAGCUUUACUGAGCAGUGCCUCAUUGAAAUACAUAGUGCUAGUCACAUCAUCUUGGGUGGGUGGGGAGUUGGGCACCUUGGGACAAAUUAGCAGGUUUGUUUCCUUUGUUUCCAGCUGACAAGGCACUUAGGUGUCACGUUUUGGUUUGCUCAGUUGUAAUUUUAUUGGCAAGACUGCAUCAUAGCGGGGCUGAAGACUGAUUGGGAAGCAGGAAGGAUCCUCACCAACCAAAGCCCUAUAGGAUGGGAGCUGAGGCAGAACAGGGAGAGGAGAUGGUGGGAGAAAUGGACACCAUAGGCACAUCCCUUUUCCGAGUGGCCCAAGUCCCAGUUUUUAAGACUGGGCUUGCAAUCAGUGUUUCCUUUCUGCCCAGUGAGAUCAGGCGUGGUCUGUGGCUUUGUACUGUGGCUGAUUAUGAUGAUGUUUCUGUGUGGUUAUUUAAUGAUUUGUUGCAAUUGACUGGGGUACUUUCUUGCUGAUGUCUUGAUAUUAUCUCAUAAUACUACAUCCAAAAUGGAUUCCUGAAUUUUGCUGGGUUUUUGUUUCUGUUCUAUUUUGAACUGUCCAAUGUUUUGAAGUGUUCAAGGUGACAGUGUGGUUUCGGUGUGAUUUCCCACCCCCACCCCAUUUCUGUGGGUUGCAAACUACCUUAAAUGCACUAAUAUAGAAAAGUGUCAUAUCAGUUUAGAAAACUAAAUAAAAAUGUAUUUGGCUCGCUCCCAGCUUGCCUUUCUUCUGGCUGUUCCGACUUGCAAGAUCUUUCUCUUUCACUCCAGGGCCUGGUGCAGACAGUGUUGGUGGUGGUAGCCCUGGCCUGCGUGCCUGUCCUGCUGCUGGGGACCCCCUUGUACCUCUGGAGCCAGCACCGACAGAAGGCCUCUUUGUCCAGGGUAAGACCCCUCUAUAUGACUGGGCCUGGGGCUGCUGUCCACACCUGCCUUUCUAUAUCCCAGCCCCCUUGUUGGGUCAGGGUCUGUGCAGAUAUGCAUUGAGGUCCUGGUACCAUCAGGAGCGGGGCGCUAAAGCUCGAGGACUGAGUCUGAGGAUGAUCUCGGAUGGCUACCUAGAUGCCACAAGUGAAGCUGUGUGUCAUGGGAAGGAUUCUGUGGAGGAACAGUGUCACUUUUAACCUUGUGGGUUCCGGAUUGUGGUGCUUUAAGCCCUUCUGUGUGCAAGGCUGUCCAAUCCCCCCCCCCCACUGACCAGUGUGUUUCUGGGAUGCUUGCAGCACAAUCCCUCCAGCGCAGAAGAGUGCCAGCCUCUGCUAAACUCUCAGGAGCCGAGCAGAUCCGUGAAUGUUGCUGAGGACGAUGUGGAUUGUGCCAAAUCCAAACAGGAGUUGGAGGUAACUUUCUGUCCAGCAGGUCAGGAUUCUGGGACAUGACUCCCAUUUUCACCAAGGAAAUGCAGAAGUUGCUGCUGAAUGCGAGUGGGGUUUUUUUUUGUUUCUGUGUAAAUUUAGAAUCAUUUUGUAAAAAAAAAGGUAUGGGGAUAAAAGGAAAGUUUGAAAUGUGUGGAGUAAGGGAGGCAAUAAGCACAGAAGAUUGGGGGCUGGCGCUGUUUCAGUUGCUAAAAAAGGAGAGGUACAUGGGCCUGGAAGCUACACCUUCUGACUUGAAAGGUUGGAGUUAGUGGUGAAGCAAAUACACUCUUCAUAUGCUCAAGAGCCCCAUCCCCAUUUCUCAUUCAUUCACACCUUCAAAGACUGAACCUAAAAGAAAAAAGAUCCCAAGGAAUGAACAAUAAAUCCAGCUGGGGGGCAAAUGGAAGGAGUUAGAAAAGGCCACGUUCAGAAGCAGUUAGGCUUGUUCUUCCUAAGAACAAGAGCUUGAAGUCCUCAAAUAAUGUGCCUUUGCAGGGACUUUUCAUGAUAGCACCUUCUUAAGACCUCUGUUGUUGAGAGAGGCUACACAGGUGAAUUAUUGGAGCUUGUCUGGAUGAGGUUAGAGGGGAUGACCUCUAAGAGACUCCUGCAUGGACUCUGCUCAGAACUGCAGGCCCUUUCUUUGCUGCUGUUCUGGGUAUUUAAAACAACUAAACUUGGCUGAAAACCUCCAACUUGUCGUGGCAUCUCAGAUUGCCAUCAUAUGGAAAUAAUGUUGAGCCAAGCAGCGCUUCACUGGCAUAAAGGGCUAGGAUCUCCCAUGACACUUUUUGCAGAUUCUUUGAGUGUACAGAAAAGGCACUGGUUGCUGUUUUUAAAAACAAAAACAAGUUACCAAGAAAAAUGCUCAGAAUCCGGCUUGGGAGUCUGGUUUUCCUUAGGAACAUGUUUAAGGUGAAAAGUUCUUCCCAUUUGCAGAAAGUUCUUAAAUAGAGUCUACAUAUGCUCUCCACCAAGUCCUUAGCCUUAGACCAGGGCUGAAGAACCUGUUGUCCUCCAGAUGCUGCUGAACUACAGUUCCCAUCAUCCUUUGGGAACUAUUGGCUGUGCUGCCUGAGGGCUGAUGGGAGCUGGAGGGCCACAGGGUUUCCCAACCCCCUGCCUUACACUCUGGAAGCAGCUCAUGGAGGAGUGGGCUUUCAUUUGAGUCCCUAUGCUGGUUUAGAGUAUUAGACUAAUCCAUGGGUAGGCAAACUAAGGCUGGAUCCGGCCCAAUCGCCUUCUAAAUCUGGCUUGCGGACAUUCUGGGAAUCAGCGUGUUUUUACAUGAGUAGAAUGUGUGCUUUUAUUUAAAAUGCAUCUCUGGGUUAUUUGUGGGGCAUAGAAAUUCGUUCAUCCCCCCCCCUCCAAAAAAAAUAUAGUCCAGCCCCCUACAAGGUCUGAGGAACAGUGGACCAUCCCCCUGCUGAAAAAGUUUGCUGACCCCUGGACUAAUCCUUGCCACCCCACUGAUUCUUGCCUUUCCCCCCUUCAGUUUGACUUCUCCGAUGUGUUCAUGCAUCAGGCAAUCCACACCAUCGAGUACUGCCUGGGCUGCAUCUCAAACACAGCCUCCUACCUCCGGCUCUGGGCUCUCAGCUUGGCCCACGCACGUGAGUUUCAGGGGCUGGGAGAGGAACGAGCAGAAAACAGGAAGCACAGCAAGCGAUUUGGCCACACAGACUGGGGGAGGCCAGUGGGCAAGAUGUUUUUUGGAGACCUCACCACAUGAUACAGGCAUCAGGCCCCAUUCCUGCACUGUUGGAGGCUACUUUGCAGCCACUUCUAAAAGCUUUUGAGGGACUCUCUCUGCCCCAGCAUGUUUGUGAUGUGGUUUAGAUUUUUUUAUGGCAAUAUCUUAGUCUUCAGACUGGAGCUAGCAAUGUGUAUUGGGAUUGUGGGGUGCUUGCAUUUGUUAGCUGCCUUGAGUGUCUUUUGAACAUUAGGUGGGAUAUGUGUUUUUAAAAUAAAGAAAGGCAUUUUUGACUGGUGGAUGUAUUCAAGGCCUAUAGGGAACAGGAAGAGAGUGUGUGUGUGUGUGUGUGUGUGUGUGUGUGUGUGUUAGCGGUUGGGGCUUUACAACAGUACUAAGGGUGGAAUUCAGUGAUUGUUCUGUCAGCGCAAGCAUUUCUGCUUGUCAGAUGGAACAAUCUUCUUUUUCCAAGCCCCCCCAGCUGCUUUUGGGGCUGGGGGAAACCCCAUAGCACUAGCAGGACUCAUUGUACUGGUUCCCAUUAGUGCAGCUCCUCAGUUGGAUCCCACCUUGGGUGGUUUGUAAGGGAGGGGAAAGGCUGUUUGGCUGCUCUAGUGCUCCCUGACAAGUCCUGCACCCAUCCUUCUCCACAGAGCUCUCAGAGGUCCUGUGGACCAUGGUGAUGAGGAACGGCCUCCAUUUUACGGGCUACAAAGGUGGGGUCCUCCUCGUCCCGGUUUUUGCCUUCUUUGCGGUACUGACUGUGGCAAUCCUGCUGGUGAUGGAGGGGCUGUCGGCUUUCCUGCAUGCCCUGCGUCUGCACUGGUGAGAGACACACAUGUAUAUACCCUCUUUCUGUCAGUGAAUCCUGUUUGAGAGCCGCUCUCUCACUUGGCUUGCUGCCGUGGGCUCUUUGGGGCGGGAAUGCGGGAGAUAAAUCCAGUCAAUCAAUAAGACUGCCAGGUGCUUCCACUCUGAGCACUGAGACCAAGGUGGGGUUAGGGGUGUGGGUGAUAGAGGCCUCUCCUCCUCACGAGGUCAGGAAAAUUGUUCUGUGUGAGAGGGAGGGACCUGGAGCGACAGAGUUUAUUUCUCCUUCCCCCACCCAACUUUGAAUCAGGCCAGGACCUGCCUGUUUCAGGGAUUGUGUUACUACUGGGAUUAGUGCUGCAAGCUGAGAACAGUGCUUCCGGAUCUCGACUUGGCCACUCUUGUGUUGUUGUUUUUCAGGGUGGAAUUCCAGAACAAAUUCUACACAGGCUCUGGGUACCGGUUCACCCCGUUCACCUUCACUACAGAUAUCUGGGACUGA